AUGGACCCCAGCACCAUUCCAGAGGAUGGUUUCAACGUUACUGACUACGGACCCGGUGUUAUUCCCCAAGCUCUCUUCAGUGCUGAGAUCGGAACAUUCUAUAUGGAGUUCCUGAAAAUGAGCAUCAUCGAUAGGACCCCGGAGGAGAUUGCAAAGCUUAAGAACCACGCUAUUCUCAAGCUUGACUUCAAGGCCCCUGUACACGGCUUUCAUGGUGUCCGAAUUUCGAUGAGUGUGAACUACGACCUUUCAAGUGAAACGUCGGGAGGAGGUAACUCUCACAAGCCUGGUAUUAUGCUUGUGGAACCCGUGCAGUAUGAUGGCACUUCUUUCAGCUCUUUAUGCACUGCCGUCAUUACUCUUAAGCAGCGCAUCACUCUUGGACACAUAAUCAGAGCCAUCACCGACAACCACCUCCAUCAUUUCUAUUUCUGCACUGUGGAUGAAAAAUACUACGGGUGCCGUGACUUCGUGUAA